UAGAGGCUGGAGCUCCGCAUCCAUUCCGCGGGGGACGGCGGCCGGGAGCCGGGAGCCGGAACCGGAGGAGCUGCCGCUGCCGCCGCGGCGCGGAGCCUUCCCCGGGCGGGCCCGGCAGUGCGCCCCGCGGAGCGGGCAUGAGCGGCGGUGCGCGGCGGGCCGAGAGCGGCGCGGGGCGGCGGCCGCGCGGCGCCCCCCGUGCAUGGCCCUAGCGGCCCGGCCGCCCCGCACAGCUUCGCCCCGGCCGCGCGGGCUAUGAAGGGGCGGAAGCGGCGGAAGAGUCCGUGAGCGGCGCGGCUGCAGCGGGGUCCCCGCGCCAUGCGGGGCCGGGGCCGGGGGCGGAGGCGGGCCGGGCCCCGGGGCCCGCGGGCAGCCGCCGCCGGGCGCUGAGCAGCACUUGUUGCCGCCGCCGCCGCCGCCAGCAUGAAAGUGCUGCGCAGGAAGGCGCUGGGGCUGUGCGUGGGCUACGCGCUGCUGCUGCUGCUCACCAUGCUCAACCUGCUGGACUACAAGUGGCACCGCGAGCCGCCGCCGCGUUGCCCCGAGCCGCCGCCGCCCGCCGCCCGCCGCGCCCCCUCGCGCCCGCAGCUGCAGCCGCCGCCGCAGCCCCCGGAGCCCCCGGCGGCGCCCGGCCCGCGCCAGCUGGUCUACGUCUUCACCACGUGGCGCUCGGGCUCGUCCUUCUUCGGGGAGCUGUUCAACCAGAACCCCGACGUCUUCUUCCUCUACGAGCCCGUGUGGCACGUGUGGCAGAAGCUGUACCCGGGCGACGCCGUGUCCCUGCAGGGCGCCGCGCGGGACAUGCUGGGUGCUCUCUACCGCUGCGACCUGUCUGUCUUCCAGCUGUACAGCACAGCGGGCGCGGGCAGGAACCUCACCACACUGGGCAUCUUCGGCGCGGCCACCAACAAGGUGAUCUGCUCCGCCCCGCUGUGCCCGGCCUACCGCAAGGACGUAGUGGGCCUGGUGGACGACAAGGUGUGCAAAAAGUGCCCGCCGCAGCGCCUGGGCCUGCUGCAGGAGCAGUGCCGCCAGUACCGCACGCUGGUCAUCAAGGGCGUGCGCGUCUUCGACCUGGCCGUGCUGGCGCCCCUGCUGCGCGACCCUAUGCUGCGCCUCAAAGUCAUCCACCUGGUGCGGGACCCCCGCGCUGUGGCCAGCUCCCGCAUCAAGUCCCGUCACGGCCUGAUCCGCGAGAGCCUGCAGGUGGUGCGGAGCCGUGACCCCCGCAUCCACCGCAUGCCCUUCCUGGAUGCCAGCCACAAGCUGGGUGGCAAGAAGGAGGGUGGCGGUGGUGGCGGCGGCUCAGACUACCACGCGCUGGGGGCCAUGGAGGUGAUCUGCAGCAGCAUGGCCAGGACCCUGCAGACUGCCCUGCACCCACCAGACUGGCUGCAGGGCAACUACCUGGCUGUGCGCUAUGAGGACCUGGUGGUGGAUCCCAUCAAGACCCUGCGUCAGGUGUACAGCUUCGUCAACCUGGUGGUGAGCCCUGAGAUGGAGAAAUUUGCCCUCAAUAUGACCAGCGGGCCAGGCUACUCCUCCAAGCCCUUUGUGGUGUCUGCCCGCAACGCCACCCAGGCACUGAGUGCCUGGAGGACAGCACUGAGCUACCAGCAGAUAAAGCAGAUUGAGGAGUACUGCCACCAGCCGAUGGCUGUGCUGGGCUAUGAGAGGGUCAGCAGCCCCGAGGAGGUGAAGGACCUCAGCAAAACAUUGCUCAGGAAACCGAGGCUGUGAGUGGGGCGCAGAGAGGUUGCGAUUAUCCACCCCAAAGGGUUGCAGAUCUGCUGACCCUGAGUGCUGAGCCCAUUGCAGGAACCAGCUGUGCUUGCUGGAGAGGGGGAGCAAGAGAGGGCAGCUUGGUUCUUCUGCAAGCUGGGGUAUGGCUGUUCCCCCAAAGACUGUGAGAGGGUAAUGCACGUUAACAUUUUUGCGUUGCCGGGUUAUAGACAAUUAAAAAAAGUGGAACUUAAUAGUAUUUGUAAAAACUCCUUUCCCUGCUCUUGAAAUGCCGGGAGGAUUCGGUACCAAAAUCUUGUUUACAAACAGACAAUGGUAAUGACAGACUUACCCAAUUCCUGAGACACCUGUGUUGGGGACAGGAUGAUUUUGAAAGCAUAAUACCGAGAAUUGGACUUUUGUAUAAAAUAAAUGUUCCAGGGUGAUAUGAAUAAAGAAAAUAAUAAAUGAUUUUUAUAAUUACCUCGAUUGUUUGGGAAUCACGCCCAUUGCACACGUGUACUUAGAAAGGUAUUUGUUUAAUAUACACAUUUGAUAGCAACAUAGACAUUUUAAGGGUCCCUGUUGGGGCAAGUGGGAAGAUCAACAGGAGAUCAACAGCUUGGCAGUUUAUCUCCUCCUGUUCAAAGGUUAGAAGCUGCUUUUUCUGGUGAACAAAUAUGAAUCCCACAAAUAGUGCAGAUUUCAUGCCCAUAUGCACAUAUCUCAAAUCAUUCUCUGCUUAAAUAGCAAACAUGUUUAAGUUGUACUGUACUGAAAAAAAAUGGCAGGGGCUGGGGCGGAGGAAGAAAGCAAGCAAAGUUCCACUCUAUCUCUAUAAAAAGUAUAAUGGCAAAUGCUUUAAAAUAAUAUUUAUUUUUUGUCUUGAAGUGUGUUCAGGAUUCUCUGUUAGAGAGAGUAUGUGUAUUUACAAAAAAGCAAUCCCCCCAACAAAACAGAAUUUAAAUGGAUGAUUAUAAUACUGAAAAGGUUAGCUUGUAUACAGAUGGGCUACGCAUUUGUGUGUGUGCGUGCGCGCACACACACACACACACACACACACACACACACACACAGUUGUGCAAACAAUUGCUAUAGGCAGAUAAAAUACUUAAGUAUAUUUUUGGCAUGUUCAUUGCCAGCUGAUAUAAGCAAGGGAGCAGAAAAAUAAACUGGAGAUUCCAUAUAAAUAGUGUAAAACUUCAUUUUCCCCCGAUGUUUUAAUGUAUGGAUGUGUGUUUGUUUGCCUAUACAGAAGGUAGGAACAUACAUUUUUUGGUUUGCAGGGUCCAUUCCACAGUUUUUACUGAGCAAAACUACCAUUUGACAAUAAAAUGAAAAUGUUGGUCAGAUACUAGUUUGCUGUAAAUUGUUGUAGCUCCAGCAUGGAGCCAGAUGAUGAUUUUGGCUCUCAGUCCCUGUGGGUUUUGUCUGGACCAUCAGGAACGUUAUUAAACUUGGUAGAAGUAGAAGUUACUUCUCUCAAUUCUGUUUGCUAAAAAAUGUUCACAUUCACAAAGGGAAAAUGGUGCGCCGCAUAUGAAAACUACAGCCACCUGCAAAUACUUGUUAAGCCUGUUGUUAAUAUUCUCCAAUGCUGUUCAAAGGGAACAUGGUGAACUUUGCAAUAUCGAAUUAAAAAAAAAUUCCAAAUAGUGUUAGGUUAUGAGACCACCAUUUUUUCCCUGUGAGAAGCACAUUUUAUAUUACCUACCUGAAUGUUGUGCCUUCAGAAAAUACAAAGAAUUUAUAGGAAAAAGAAGACUUGGACUGUAGAAAAUAUAUAAGGAUAUUGAUAAGUGUGUGUGCAUACAGGCGUGUGUGUCUACUUAUGUAUGUGUGAAAAUUGUGGCUUAUGUAUAAUGUUGUCUAUUUUUUGUAUUAAUAUGAAACUUUUAAGUUAAAGAUGAUACAUCAGACUACUAAGACAUUUACAUUUUUGAUAAAACAUUAGCAAUUAAAUGUUCUCAAAAGGAAAUGUAGAUGUUUAAUAAACCCGUUGAAAAGCUUGUUGUACAAGGUUGCAUGUACACUUGCUGAAUAAUUUUA